AUGACAAACUCUCUUAAUGGCUUGGAAAUUGUUAAAGUGGUUCAAGCCCAAAUACAGGUUGUUUCUGGAUUUAAAUAUAUCUUGACUGUCCAAACCCGCGGUAAAGGAAUGAAUGGACCAGCAACUCAAGAGUGCAAGGUGUCCAUCUGGAUUCAGUCUUGGUUGGAAAAGCGUACGUUAACUUCAAUGAAAUGCAAGCCAAUCAAUGCUUUGGGAAUGGUUGGCGGAUGGAGUGAAACUAAUUUCACUGACACCGUUCAGAAAGCUACAAAUAUUGGUUUGGAACUUAUCAACAGCAGAUGCAACUGUUUGUUCAGAAAGAGCAUCACGAAAGUAAAGAAAGUACAACAAAAAGUUGUUGCUGGUAUGAUGUACAAAAUCACAAUUGAUAUCAUUGAAUCUGUUUGCCGCAAUACAGAAGAAAAUGCAGGAAAAGGAGUUGAAACCUGUCCAGGAAAUGACGGCGCAGUUGCCAAAGAGUGCUUUGGAAACACACCUGUAAUUAAAGAAAAUUGUUUAGUACAGGGAUACAUUUGUUCGAAAUCAAUUCAUCGAAGUCAAUAA